AAGAGCAUACACCUCUCACACUACUUUCCUUCUUGUUCUAAUUUCUCUCACAAUUAUCUCAACUCCCCUCCUUUUAUAAUUUUUCAUUGGCCUUCUCCAUCUCAGUUUCUUUGAAAGAUGGCUGAACAAAUCCCUUUCAGCAUUGCUGAGGAAAUCUUGACUAAGCUGGGCUCCUUGGUUGCCCAAGAAAUUGGAUUGGCCCGCGGUGUUAGAAAGGAGCUGAAAAAGCUUGGGGACACGUUGACCACCAUCAAAGCUGUGCUUCUGGAUGCUGAGGAGCGACAGGAGAGGGAGCAUGCAGUGGAGAAUUGGGUGAGGAGGUUCAAAGAUGUCAUCUAUGAUGCGGAUGAUUUGCUGGAUGACUUUGCAACCUAUGAAUUGGGGCGAGGAGGAAUGGCAAGACAGGUUAGUCGCUUCUUCUCAUCUUCAAAUCAAGUUGCAUUUCAUUUGAGAAUGGGUCAUGGAAUCAAAGAUAUUAGAGGAAGGCUAGAUGACAUUGCAAAUGAUAUCUCUAAGUUUAAUUUUAUUCCAAGGGCGACAACUAGCAUGCGGGUAGGGAAUACGGGGAGAGAGACCCACUCUUUUGUGUUGAUGUCUGAAAUUAAAGGAAGGGAUGAAGACAAAGAGAAGAUAAUAGAAAUAUUGUUGCAAUCAAACAAUGAAGAAAAUCUUUCUGUUGUUGCCAUUGUUGGUAUUGGUGGUUUAGGCAAGACCACCUUAGCCCAAUUGGUAUACAAUGAUGAGAAGGUGGUAAACCAUUUUGAUCUUAGGUUGUGGGUAUGUGUUUCUGAUGAUUUUGAUGUGAAAAUCCUAGUUAGAAACAUCAUAAAAUCUGCAACAGGUAGCGAUGUAGAGAACUUGGAGUUGGAUCAACUAAAAAAUAAACUUCAUGAAAAGUUGACUCAAAAAAGGUAUUUGUUGGUACUAGAUGAUGUUUGGAAUGAGGACUCUGAAAAGUGGAAUCAAUUGAGGAUUUUGUUGAAAGUUGGUGCUAGGGGGAGUAAAGUUGUAGCGACCACUCGAAGCUCUAAAGUUGCAUCAAUUAUGGGAAUUGAUUCCCCAUACGUUUUGGAAGGCUUAAACGAAGGUCAAUCUUGGGCUUUGUUUAAAAGUCUAGCAUUUGGAGAAGAUCAACAAAAUGCACAUCCAAACCUCUUAAGAAUAGGAGAAGAAAUCACAAAAAUGUGCAAUGGAGUCCCUCUCGUAAUUAGAACUUUAGGAAGAAUAUUGCAUUCUAAAACCGAAGAAAGUCAAUGGUUGUCCAUAAAAACCAAUGAAAAUCUAAUGUCGCUUCAAGAUGGGAACAACAUAUCAUUGGUAUUAAAGUUAAGCUAUGAUAAUUUACCAAGUCAUUUGAAACAAUGUUUUACUUAUUGUGCGUUGUUUCCAAAAGACUAUAGAAUAGAGAGAAAAUUGUUGGUACAAUUAUGGAUGGCUCAAGGUUACAUUCAACCUUCAAAUGGAAAUGACCAUUUGGAGGAUGUUGGUGAUCAAUAUUUCGAGGAGUUAUUAUCACGGUCAUUGUUUCAAGAUAUUGAAAAAGAUGAUAACAAUAAUAUAUUAAGUUGUAAAAUGCAUGACCUUAUCCAUGAUCUAGCACAAUUUGUUGUAAAGUUUGAGAUCAUUAUUUUGACAGAUGAUGUGAAAAAUAUGUUGGAAAGAGUUCAUCAUGUGUCAUUCGACGACCAAUGGAGUCCGAAAAUGAAGGUCUUAAAGGCAAAACCCAUAAGAACCUUAUUUAAGCUCUCUAAAAUUUAUUUUCAACUUGGUCACAAUGUUGUUUCUACAGUGAAUACACUUAUUCCAAAUUGCAGGUGUCUACGAGUGUUGGACUUAUCUAAGUUUAGUGAAAAGCUGCCAAAGUCUUUAGGUAAAUUGGUUCAUUUGAGAUAUCUCGACCUUUCUUGCGGUGGAUUUGAGGUACUUCCUAGUGGAAUUACAAGCUUACAAAACCUGCAGACAUUGAAACUCUCGGAAUGUGGUUCUCUUAAAGAAUUGCCAAGAAAUAUGAGAAAAAUGAUCAACUUGAGGCACCUCGAGAUAGAUGGAUGCUGGGAAUUGGAUUAUAUGCCUUGUAGAUUGGGAGAAUUGACUAUGCUUCAGACCCUACCAUUAUUUGUUAUUGGGAAAGGUGACCGUAAGGGAAUAGGUAGGCUGAAUGAAUUGAAAUGCCUUAACAAUCUGAGAGGAGGGCUAGAGAUUAGAAAUCUUCAGAGGGUAAAGGGUGGGGCAUUAGAAUCCAAAGAAGCAAACUUGAAGGAAAAACGCUACCUUCAGUCCUUGAAUUUACACUGGGGGUGGGGGCGGGGGGAAGACAACCCGAAUGGAGAGGAUUGUGAGUUGGUGAUGGAAGGCCUGCAGCCACACCCAAAUCUAAAGGAGCUCCGCAUGUAUGGUUACACAGGUGUGAAGUUUCCCGGUUGGAUGAGUUCCAUUCUGCCUUCUCUCCAGCAUCUGGAUCUUAAAUUUCUUAAUGUGGAAUACAUGUUGGAAAACUCUUCAUCAUCAGAGCCAUUCUUGCCAUCUCUUAAAACACUCACCCUCUAUGGGUUGCGUCAUUUCAAGGAAUGGUAUAGGAGGGAGAUAGCAGGAGAGCAAGCUCUUUCGUGUCCUUCUCUUUCUCAAUUACAGAUCCGUGAGUGUGAUCAGUUAACAACCUUCCAACUGCUUUCAUCUCCCCUUCUUUCCCUAUUAAAAGUCCAAGAUUGUGGUAGGUUGACAUCCUUCAAACUGCUUUCAUCCCCUCGUCUUUCUAAAUUAGAUAUCGAGAAUUGCAGUUGCUUGGAAUCCUUGCAACUGUCUUCUUUACCUUGUCUUGAGGAACUAAACCUGCGUGGAGUCCGUGAGGAGAUACUAUGGCGGAUAAUUUUGGUCUCUUCUUCAUUGAAGUCUCUGCAUGUUUGGUCCAUAUAUGAUCUGGUAUCUCUGCCAGAUGAUCGUCUACAACACCUCACUUCUCUCAAGUCUUUGGAAAUUGGGCUUUGUCAUGAACUAAUGUCUCUGUUUCAAGGGAUUCAACGCCUUAGAGGCUUGCGUGAACUAUCUAUUAAGGGAAUUCCAAACUUGGUGUCUCUCCCAAAGGGGCUUCAACAUGUUACCACACUGGAAACUCUCUCAAUUACUUAUUGUGAUGAUUUCACCACUUUACCUGACUGGAUAAGCAGCCUAACUUCCCUUUCAGUGCUGGAAAUUUGGGGGUGCCGUAGAUUCAAGCUUGAAGAUCGGUCCAAGAUUGCUCAUAUUCCAACAAUUGAAAUCCGCUAAGAUAUAUCUCAGGGAUUCAUCCAUUCAGCCCCUUGUCAUUGUUGUAAUCUUCAAUUGUUUGCUCUUGUAAGGAAGAUGCCAUAAAGAAAUGGAUGCAGAUUGGCCUAAGAUUGCUCCUGUCCUUACAACUCUUAUUGACAUUCUAUCAUGCACUGCUGGAUGAAGGAAUUCUGCUCCAUUUGAUUCAAGCAUGCCAUCCAUAAGUUUCAGAGGAGGGGUUGAAACAAGGAGAAUUAUUAGAGAAUCAUUCGUCUCAUUCCUACCUUGAUGGAAAAACUUAAAAGUUUGAAAAACUUGAACAAACGGUGGAGGGGCUGGUGCACUGCCAGAACAACAAGAACGACCUUCAUUCCUGCCAUGAUUUCAUUUUCUUUCUAUACUCCCUGAGCUGCCAUCCAUGUCAUCUCAUGAGUGUCUUGAGGAUCAACAGUAUCUUUACUCCCUUCUUGCUGGUAAAGUUUAUGCAUAUUGAAGGUGUAAAAGGAUCUGACAUCUGUUCUAGAAAAAGGGCAGCAACACCUCACUUCUCUCUUGAUUUUUGAUAGCAUCCAGUUCAUAGGACUUGAGAGGUUGUGCCAAAUAUGUAUUCACCUUAUGCAAGGUUGAAUACAUGAAGGAGUCUUCAUCAGCAAUGCGAUUCUUCGCUUCUUUUAAAGGACUCCAAAUCUUCUAGUUCCUGAAUUGGAAGAGUGGUGGAGGAGAGACAUAGCAACAGAACAAGGUCCUGCAUUUCCUUGCCUUUCAGAAUCAGAGAUCAAUGAUUGCCGUAACUUGACAUCCUUCGCAAUAUCUUGAUCAUCUUCUUCUCUUUCUCAUUUAGAUUGGCAUCCUUUGUGAUGUCAGUAAGGAGCUAUUGUGGUAGAUAAUGUUUGCCUCUUCUUCAUUAAAGAUGCUGGAUGUUUGUAGAAGAGGUGAUCAGAUAUCUCAGCUUGAUAAACGACUGUGAUCCCUCACUUGUCUCAACGAUUUGUCAAUCAUGGAUUGUCAUGGUCUGACAUCUUUCUGUCAUGGGAUUCAAUAUCUCACUGCACUUGAGAUCUUGAAUACUCCAUACUUCAGGAAGCUUGGUUUUUUAGACAAGGAGGAUGAUGAUGACACUGUCAAGCAAUUUCAAGGUCUUAGAAGUUUACGUGCAAUUCCCAGAAAUUGUAUCAAUUCCGAAGUUCAUUUGUCUCCCGAGGGGGCUUCAACAUGCUACCACUCUGGAAACUCUCGCAAUUGGUAACUGUUCUGGUCUAGUUGCAGAAGGAAAUAGGUAAAGAUUGGCUUAAGAUUUCUCAUAUUCCUAAAGGUGAUGUUAAGGAGCCAUCACAAGAUGAUAGUGAGGAGCCAUCAGAAGGUAUGCCUGCUCUUCAAUGGUGUCAUCCACAAUAUAUUUCAGUAAAACGACAGCAUACCACUCGAGCAGGAAGCAAAUUUUACUGAAUCCAUCUAAUAGCCAGUUAAUUCUCUUCUCUCAAGUCUUUGGAUCUUGGGAAUCUAAAUGUUCUGGAGCAUAUAGAUAACAGGAUCGUAUCUUCUUCAUUUUCAUUGAGAGGCAAUCUGGUUUAGGAAGAGCAGCAAACAAGAAGAAUUUGUAGGACCAUUCUUCCUAUUCCUGCCAUGAUGGAGAAACUCAAAAGUUGGAGAAACUUCAAGACAUGGUUGAAAGGUAGUAUCACUGGCAGAGCAUGCAACAACACCAAGAUUCGGUAGAUUCUUUUGUUAGAGAACAAGGAUGAAGAUAACAUGCAAUUUUUAGCACUUGACCUUGUCCAAAGUUGAUGCUUCUCUCAAGGGCUUGAGCAUGUGAAUGCUCUGGGAAUCUAACACCUUAGGAUGCUACUUGAUCGGUUGUUGACUACAGUAGACUAGAGUCUUACUUCACUUCACUAAGCUUGUUAUCAUUUAUUGUCAAGCUUGAAAUCAUUGCCAGAAGGGAUGCUAAAAGGAGGCCGUAUCUGAUUGGCCAAAUGGCUUCUCAUGUCCCAGAAAUUCAUAUCUAGUGACAAAUUGCAAAUGCGUGAAGGACUUCCAUCUCCUCAGUUCAAGCAUGAGAAACAAGUUACAAGAUAAAGAGUGAUUCUCAAAAUGAUAGAGAAUGUGCUUCAUCCGAGAGGUUGUUGUAUGUCUAAUAUGAUUGAAGAUGCUUGAAAAGGUGAAUUAUAGGUGUCCACAAGUUUGAUCAAUGCCUUUGGAAGAGUUUGUACUUGAAUAUCGCCUCAUGUUGGAUGGUAUACUUUCAUCCCUCUUAUUAGUGGUUUUUUCACGCUUCUCCUACUGCCAUUUCUUGUAUUUCUAGGAAAGGAUUUUCUUGAAGACAUUUGAAAUCAAAUAUGGGAGACAGUUAACCCUUGUAUUCAUUCUAAUUCUGCCAUGUAGAGACUGAGUCAAGCUCACUCAUUUUUCCAAGUUGACUCAUUCACCACCCUUCUUCUCCUCUCAUCCUUGACACCAGAGGCACUGCCCACACCUCCAUGGUUUGAUUGUGAAUGAUGAAGAUUUGAAAUAGUAGAGCAGAACCUGAACAACAAUGUACCACUUGAGCAAGGAACAUAUAUACAACAACAACAUUCAUUCUCCCUAAGUUGACAUCCAUGCCAUUGCAUCUGUAUAUGAAGGAUCUAGAUCUGUAUGCUACAACAAUAUUUUCUUCAUUUGCAUUCUUUUGUUGGAUAAUGAGGAUGAAGUUCACAUGCAAUUCCAAGGACUUGAGAGGUUGUGCCAAAUAUGGAUUCAUCUUAUGCAAGUAUAUACAGGGUAGAUAAUUCACAUCACAGGGCUUGCUGUUGUUUGUUUCCAAGUUUGAAAUCUCUGCCUGAAGGGAUACCAAAAGGAGGCAACCUUAGACUGGCCUAAUAACUUCUAAUGUCCCAAGGACUCAUAUCUACUAGUCACAGAUGGCUAAUUCGCGAAAGACCUCUCCUUUAAUUCAAGUGCACUAUCCACAGCAUAUUUCAGUUAUGGACGAAUGAUGCAUAUGGAAUGAGGAAGUUCACUUGCAUCAGUAUGUCUUUAUUAUUCAGGCAAUAGAACAACAACAUAUUGAAGUGCAUAAGCCAGCAGAUCUUCAGCUUACUUGACGAUGUACCUAUACAUAUGCUGGUGAAUCCAAUCUUUGUAGAGUGUUUUCUUUGGAGUUCUCUUUCUCAUGGAAAACAAAUGUUGACAUGUUAUGGAUGGCUUGUGCAUAUGGAAAGAAUUAGUUCACUUGCAUCAUACUCCCAAGUUAUGCUCUCUUUAGGCUUAGCAUGCAGUCUAUAAUCUGCCUUAAUUAUUCAGGAGAGUAGCAACAACGUGAACAAGGGCACAUAUUGUUGAAUAGUGUGGUUAACUCUCUUCUCCAUCUUGGGCAUCUAAAUGCCUUGGAGUGAAUGGCUAACAGUGAUGGUGCUUCUUCUUCUUCAUUUUCAUUGAAAGGCAAUUUAGUUUGGGAGUGGGAAAAAAUAAGGAGAAUUUGUCAGACAAGUUCUUCCUAUAUAUUCUGGAAAGUGCACUAACUCAAAAGUUGGAGAAACUCAGAGGGCUACAGUAGAGCUAUAGUAACAAGACUCAUUCCUGCCACAAUCUCUCUUUCUUUCUCUUUCUGCUCCUGCCAUAAACUCAUAGAUUUGUAUAAUUGAAGAGUGACUUCUUUGUUUCCAUUCUCCUUCCCACUUUCCCAAUUGAAGUUUUAUGUUGUUUCUUUUUUCAAGUAAUUGUUUUUUUCUUUUUUUCACGGAGAGCUGUUGGAUCUUUUUUUCCGGUUUGGGCAUCUCAUCUACUACAAAAUGUUAUUCAGAUGUUUGUUUCUCAUUUUGUGGUCUCUUGAUCAUCGUGGGUUAUAGUUUCCACCCUUCUAAUAUACCAGUUCUUUUAUGUUUCUUCAA